AUGCCGCUACUCAACGAUAUUAUUCCGGUUUUUUGCACUGCUGAAAUCCGCGGGGAUGUCCUGGACGAAUUUUUCCAUGCUGCGUAUAGUUCUCCAGAGUUUGUCAAUGAAGGAAUUCAUGGUGACAUCGCGGUACUCAUCCAUGAUACCAAUACCGAAGGCAUAACCCACCCAACAAACCCACCUGUUUCCAAACCGACCUCUUGCCCCUUCAAGAACAAGACGGCUGAGGAGAUCUGGGAUUUCGCACAAGAAAACCUGCGUUACCCCAUCUUCAACCGUGCCAUCGCCAUAUUGGACGAGCAAACAGUCGUUGACAAGGAAACAUGCUUGCUCGUAACUACCUGGGAAAACCCCCCGUCAGAACAAGAGAACGGGUCUGCGUUGUUGACCGUCAGGUCAGACUUUCGAUCAGCACUAGCGAUCCUCAACAUCAAAAACUUGGGCAUUGGAGGGGACGAGCACUUCAAGAAUGGCAAAGAUGCGAAGGGUGUGAUCCGCCUUUAUCAGAGAUAAGAUGGAGGCCAGUAAUGCUAGAUCCAUGAUCAAAGGUGUGGAACCUACGUCGCCC